GCCGACUAACCUGGGAAACUUGCAGCUGUUUAAAAAUGCAUUGGUCUCUGGCAGAGUUGGAGCUGACGUUAUUUCGUCCAGGACACAGCAGCCUGUUCCCCUGCCCUGCUGGGCCGCAGCAUCCCCCCACACCCACAGAGCCUUUCACCUCCACAGGGAUGAUGAUGUGGACCAAGGAUACUCCACGUCCACAGGCAGGUUAAGCUCCAACAUGGAGGACCUACUUUUCUACACCAUCACUGAGGGCAAAGAGAUGAUCUCCAUCUCCCACUUUAUCUCUGUGUUGAAAAAAACAGGUUUGUUGAUGUCUGACCCUCGGCUACAUGACUGUGUCAGUCAAAUGCGACAAUACACACGUGACUCGAUCGGGCCGGUCAUGAUGGACAAGAAGCUCUUUAGAAGUUGUGUAGGAAACAACAUCAUGCUGCUCACCAAGGCUUUCAGAAAAAAGUUUAUCAUUCCCGACUUUGAAGAGUUUGCCCAGCAGAUUAAUAAGCUGUAUUACAGUGCACAGCAGCAGAAGGGAGGAAUAGUAGCUGAUUACAUUCCUCAGCUGGCUAAGUCCAGCCCUGAUCUCUGGGGUGUAUCUCUGUGCACAAUCGAUGGACAGAGGCACUCUAUAGGUGCCACCAAGGUUCCCUUCUGUCUGCAGUCAUGUGUGAAACCCCUGGAGUAUGCCAUCGCUGUGCACGAGCUCAGCAGUGAGCACGUUCACCGCUUUGUGGGCAAAGAACCCAGUGGAUUCAAGUUCAACAAACUGUCACUAAAUGAGAAAGAUAAACCACACAACCCGAUGGUGAAUGCCGGAGCUAUUGUUAUCAGCUCUUUAAUUAAGCCUCAUUCAAAUAAGGCAGAGAGGUUUGACUAUGUGAUGGAGUUCUUGAAACGCAUGGCUGGUGCAGAGUAUGUGGGGUUCAGCAAUGCAACUUUUCAGUCAGAGAGGGAGACUGGCGAUAGAAAUUUUGCAAUUGGUUAUUACCUCAAAGAGAAAAAGUGCUUUCCUGGCAAUGCAGAUAUGAUUGGGGCCCUUGACUUCUACUUUCAGUUGUGCUCCAUUGAGGUGACCUGUGAGUCAGCAAGUGUCAUGGCUGCCACAUUGGCCAAUGGAGGUAUUUGUCCGAUCACAGGUGAGCUUGUGCUGAGCGAUGAAGCAGUGCGCAACACCCUGAGUCUCAUGCAUUCCUGUGGCAUGUACGACUUCUCCGGACAGUUUGCUUUCCAUGUGGGCUUGCCUGCUAAAUCUGGUGUUUCAGGUGCUGUACUGCUGGUGGUCCCCAACGUCAUGGGUAUGAUAUGUUGGUCCCCACCGUUAGAUCGGCUUGGGAACAGCGUACGUGGUAUUCACUUCUGUCAGGAGUUGGUGUCUUACUUUAACUUCCACAAUUAUGACAACCUGAGGCACUUCACUAAGAAACACGACCCAAGAAGAAGGUCGGAUGAUGAUCCAAACAAGUCAGUGGUCAGCCUGAUGUUUGCAGCCUACAGUGGUGACGUGUCUGCUCUGAGGAGGUUUGCCCUUUCAGCUGUGAACAUGGACCAGACAGACUACGACUCUCGCACAGCGCUCCACGUUGCUGCUGCUGAAGGUCAUGUAGAAACUGUAAUCUUCCUGACUCAAGUAUGUAAAGUGAAUCCACACAUGAAAGACAGAUGGGGGAACACACCCCUAGAUGACGCCAUGCAGUUUGGCCAUGGUGCUAUUGUUUCAGUCCUGCAAGAGUACCAGAGUGUAUACCACGACAGCAACUCGGCAUGUGACACAGAGGAGCAGAAGACCACAAUGGAUAACUUGAAGAGCAUUGUUUAAACCACGAGGAGUUGUAAGGGUUUGUAAUUUCAUUAUGUACCUGAGGACUGAAAGGCUGAAUGAAAGAAGUGAUGAAUGUUUUUAUCUUAAUUAAUGUUGUAUAACAAUAACAUGGGGAUAAUUUUUAUAGCUUUAAAAGCUACAGAGCGCAGGAUUAAAUUCCCUUC